AACACGGGAAACUUUAUUUCGGGCUCUGAAAUAGUGUUUAAAUGAGUAAGGAAUCAAAGACUUGUUGCCAAGAGAUCUGCAUUUGCGUGCAUGCUGAAACACAAUCUUUCCCUUUGUCAUUUGUAAGCCAAGAGGCAUGGAAUAGGUAACGUGGUGAAAAAAUCUGUUCUGUUAAAUACUACACAGGGAAGGCUCAAAAAUGAGAAUAAGAGCAGCCUAAGGCGUGGCGAGACAGAUACAAAAAUGUGUGUGCACCAUAAAUGGUAUUUGAUUGUACAGGAAGGAUCAACACAUUUAACGUUAAGCUGAUUUGGCCAGGUAAUAAUGAAUUAACAACAGUAUUGCUUAGCAUUACAAUGCGUGCCAACUUCCCUGGAGCAAUGUUCAAGUCUGUCAGCAGUAAGUAUAUAUGCUUUCCACUGUUGUUACAUGUCUGUUUCAUGUAGCUCUCUCUUUGUUUGAUUCACAUUUACUAGACACCAAAAUAUAAAUGUAUGUUUUGUGGUGACUUGGGGAACCUCUGAUAUCUUUCUCUCAGGCAUGCAGAACUUGGUGUGUCUAUUAAAAGUCACACUCGUAAGACCUUUGCCCUGCUUUUUUGCCUUUUUUUUUAAUUUUUUUUUUUUUUUAAUUGUAGAUAUUCUGAACAAAUUUUACUGCAUCUCACUUAACAGUGAGAUACAGUUCCUUGUGGAUAUGGACACUAACUAUAGAUUUUAAUAUCUUCACUUUGAAAAUGGUGCAGCAGUUCAGAGAAAGGUGAUGGUCUAUUUGACUGGCUUUGAUGCUGACUGUGUGAAAUACCAGGUUCAGGAGCAUGUGUUUGGUGUAUACGCUGCAGUUAGCAAGCUCUUUGGAAAGGACAUUUAUAAGAUGAACCAUGAGUAUUUCCAGUCAUCUUAUAGCUUGUGAAUGAUAAUGAAGCUCACCUUCCCUGCUGGUAAUUUCAUUACAGUGAUCAGAUCAACUCAGAAUUGAUGCUUCCUAGACUUGGCAAUUGCAUCUUACACUGUGGUACUGCAGGUCAUUCAUUUGACAAGAGGGCUAAUCACAUUGCUCCUGUGAAGGUUUGUUCAUAUCUAUGUUUUUUUUUCAGUAGAAUAGCUCCUAAGCCAUUUUUCAGACAGUUAGCUCACAAUACUUUGCCACAGGUUUUUAUUCUAAACAGAAAAGCAGCUUCUUUUGAAUUACAUUGUUCUCUCAUUCCCUCAAGCAUCAAAAAGACAGAACCAUUUUUAUUUCAGAUGGCUGAAAAUUCCACCCCCGCAUAUAUCUUCAAACAUUAAAGAAAAUAUUGAACUAAAUAAAUGGUUUUGCUUUGGACAGAGAUCAGGCCUCUAGCACUUCAGAUUUUAUUUCCAAAAGAAAGAGAUCAGAACGAUAAUGUAUGUACAAUUGGGGAAAAUAACACUGUGGUGUUAUAGCUCACAUAAUUCAACCUGCCCGAUGUUUCUGUGUUGUGCUAGAAGAAAUAGAAUGUCAGAAAGCAGUAAAUAAAACCUCAUGCUAAUAGAAGUCUAAAUUGUAAGAAAUGAUGUGAGUAAUACAAGCAGUUAAACUGACUGGGAUAAAAACUUAUUGGUACUGUCAGUCUUCAUGCUCCAGGAUGUACACCGAUCAUUCAAAAAGGUCAGAAAAAAAUCAUCCCCCUCACAGCCCAUUCUUUCUCCUUUCACUUCAAAUUUGUUGAAUACGAGCAUAUUGAUUGUUUGCAUCCUGGUUUAUCUGCUUUUUCUCAUUGUUGAAUCCUGCUAGAGAUUAAAUGAAAUAUUGGCUUAACUUGAUAAAAUAAUUCCUGGUCAUAUUUGUAGCAAGCAGUAGUGAGUAAUUCUGUGGCUACCGGUGAGCUGAUUAGCAUUGUAUUUGUUUUCUGAAUUCCAUAAAAAGAGGUAUGUUAGAUUUCAGUCUUUGGAAAAUUAACCUUUCUUUAAGCUAAGUGCUGUCAUCAGGAUAAAGAGUUGUCAGACAAUAAACUGAUAACUGAAAAUGUAUUUUUUUCCAGGGCAGUCAGUAAGAGAAAGCUAGCUUCACCCUGAGUUUUUUUUUUUUACAAAACUGCGAGCAGAAUGUUGCAAAAGCAAAUGGUGCCUUGAAGAUAGAGACCACUUUCUGAAAGUCAGAAUCAGAAACCAGGAUGCUUGAACAAUGAGCUAUGUUCCCCAGAAAUGCCAUGUGACAAUGUGCCUUGUAAUUGCUCUAUGAAAGCAGUAAUUCAUAGGACAAUUUAAUGGCAUCUUUGUGCUGUUGAAUGGACGACAAUCCCUCUCCAUAGUCCUACAAAUGCACGGUGCAAGCACAGUCCAGAAAGGUACACAGAACAUCUCUUCCAAACUCCCGAUGCCUACUGUAUGAUGUACACUCACAUCUGAAACAUCACAUAAAAAACUCAGGACCUUUUGGGAAAAGAACAUAGUCUGCAGCAUGACAUGGAAGAGAACAUCCCAGGGAAUGAUUUCAGACUAGGAAGAGAUUCAACAUACAUGUUGUUAAGCUAAAAUGUCUCCAACCUGUUUUCUAUAGAAUAUUGCUGGUAUCUCAUUCCAGUCUAGAGAAAAAUACUGCUCUGUGAACCAUACUUCUUGUUACAAUUGAAGAGAAAGAUGACAGCAGGAUGGAUAUUCAGAAAAAGAGUUGUCAGGCACUGGAACAGGCUGCCCAGGGAGGUGGUGGAGUCUCUGGAGGUGUUCAAGGAAUGUGUAGAUGUGGCAGUGAGGGACAUGGUUUAGUGGGCAGUAUUGGUGGUGGCUGGAUGGUUGAACUACAUGAUCUUAGAGGUCUUUUCUGACCUUUGUGAUUUUUUGAUUCUAAAUAUGAACUGAAGUUUCUUUUAAAUUAUGAUACAAGUCCUUGAUGUAGGAUAAGUACUCUGGAUGGUCUUUAGCGCAGUUGGCUUUAAAUGCCUUGAAGACAGUAAUACUCUUAACAGGGUGACUGAGCACUCUAAAUCUCUGGCUUAGGAUAUCAUUUGCCUUAAUUACUUGUGGAUCAGCUGUCUUAAAGCCCUGGCUUUUCUUGAAAACAUCAUGUUGGUGAUGCAGUGAAAGUCAACCUAUAAACCUGCUAGACAGCUUCAAUUAAUACUUCCUUUCAAUCAAUUAUAUUAACACAAUCAACUUACAAUAACAUUAAAAUAUGUGAAUAGCAGCUUUAUAUUGCCUCCUCUCUCUUUCUUUCCAUCUUUGGAAGGAAAUUAAAAAAAAGAAAAAAGAAAAAAAAAAAGAAAAGAAAAAUCCCACUCAUAAUAUAUAGGAGGUGAAGAUAUCUAUUGUGUAUUUGCUUUUAGAAAUGGAAAUUUGAUAGCCAAAGGUUAAUUUUCAAAAUUAUAAAGAAAUGCAGGAAAAGUCAUUUCCUGAAAAUAGUGUGAAUUGGACGCUUUGGAACCAAGAAGAUUAAAUCAUAAAAGGAAUAGAAAUUAAAAAAAAAAAAGGCUUAGAAGAUAUUAGAUUAUUUAUUAUGAAUUUGUUGCAGUGUUUCACUGAAGCAAAGAAUGAGCCUUUUAGAAUACGAAGAAGUAUAUAUGCAUAUUUAAAAAAUCUUAAUGCUAUAUAUACAUAAUUGAAGAAAAGAAAUCUCCACCAAUCUAUGGCAUAUCUGGUGGAGAAAAAGAAGGAGUUUCAAAUUAAGGAGCAGUUUCUAUAAUUGCAGUAUGGAUAGACAGCAGGCUUGCAUUAAGAAUUAGCAGUCAAUUUAAGAGGAGAAUUUUUGUGAAGAAUGGAUUGAAAGUAAAAUAAUUUCUUUCCAUUAAACUAAUUGUCGGUAAAGUUUUGAGUGUUUAUAACUCACAACUGUUUCUCAUAAGGGACAGAAAUCUGAUGCCAAGCAAGUCCCUAAAGUGUGUGUCAUUAAUCAGACCUUGAAACUAAUCCAUUCUGGGGUCUCCUUACAGGAAGCCAUUUAGGCAGCAGUUCUUAUGAUGAACUAUAACUGUGUUGCUUUCACUUAACACUGUGUUCCACGUUUUCCUGCAAAUAGGGUCCUGGCUGUAUGCAAAUAAUGUCACUUUUGGGAGGCAGAACAUGUGGCAGAACUGCUAUAGGGUCUGUGCUGCUGAAGUGUUCACAAAAGCUGAGUCCAUACACACUACUUCUCGCUGCUAAGCCGCUCUCAUUUUGUGAGAACAUAUUCUCAUGUUACCCUGAAAUAUUUAUUUUACUGACUAAGAAUUAACCAUAAUGCAAGUUCUCCUCUUCCAUAUCAUUUGAUCCUAAUUUGUCUUUGAUUGCUGCCUACGUAACAUUUUAACUGUCCUAUAAAUGAUGAAUGGCUAUAAACUCCCUACAAGUGAUAAUGCUUUUUUUCUCAAGUUACUCUGAUACUCAUUUUGAAACAUUACCUUUUCAAAAUGACGGCAUAAUUAUCUCCAGAUAUGCUACUCUCUAUAAUGGUUAUUUUAUUCUGAUUCCUUGUACUUUUUUCUUGUUUGCCUUCACUGGUGAACUUCGAGUUCAACUACCUGAUCACUCCCAGGGCUAACCAAAAGUGAAAGAACGUUAUUGAGGACAUAGUCUAAAUGCCUCUAGAACAUUGGCAUGCAAGGCACUGCGGCAGCAUCAGACAUUCCUUCCUUGCACGCUGGAGGAAAGGGCAAAGCAGCAUCUGAGGAGUCUAACAGCUUGUCUGAAGCUGCGUCUCACUGUCUGCAAGAGUACAGAAUCGUUUUCAUGACCUACCCUGUUCUAAAGCAGCAGUAGUGCCAUGUUCCACACUGUUACCUCUGGCUUUCCUCUGCCACAGUCAGUGACAAGAAGGCAGCACUCACGUGGAGCCAGCUGCAUUUUCAACCACCAUAUGCUCCCCCUGGCAGAAAUGCCCUUGGGGCUUCCCCAGGCUGUUCUGAAGGGAGCAAAUCCCUCCUCAGCAGUCUUGGCUGGGUGACAGGCUGGUCUUUGCAGUAAUUCAAGAAACACUCUUGUUGGAAAGCGUAGGUUUCAAAGAUUCAUUUCUCCAAAGCAGCUGGAAUCCAAGAAAAUGUGUCAAAUCUCCACUGAAGGGAGAAACUGCUGUGCCAGCGCUAAGUUGUUCUUAUUUUAAACAGCAUAGUGAUUGGCCAUGUCGAUGUCAUUAUUUCUCUCUUCCUUGAAGUCGCUGGUUUUCCUGGGACGUGCUGCAGGGCAGUCUGUGAGCCAGCUGUCAUGCCCUGCACCAUAUGGUGGCAGCAGUCAGGAAAUCCCUGUGGGCUACUGCUGGGCUGCUGUGGGAACAGCACUUAUUUGAGCACAGGCCGCUUUUAGAUGGGAUGCAGUGACAGCAUUCAUGGGAUCUUGCCUGUGCAUUUGGAGGAGGAUGCUGGAAACAACAACCUCUCAUUUAAGGUCUACAGGGACCUACCUCAGAAUUCUGCAUCAUUCUACUUCUGGACUUUGCUUGUUGGGUCAUACAUAUGAGGAAGUACAAUAAACUGGAUGUGCACAGGUAUAAUGAGUCUGAGAAAAUUGUGCUUUAACUAGAGAAGCCUGUUUUCCUCAGAGUGGAAACAAGGAUAGUGUUAAAUUGCUAAAAAACAUUGCUAACAUAACCCUUCUAUUCUGUAUGUACAUGAUCACUAUAAAUCACCAGUAAAGCUAUUCCAACACGAACAUGGCCUACAAGAACUCCUUUGAAAGCAUCUUCUCCUACUUGCAUUCAAUUCUUAUUCCAUGCUUCCUUUUUAUUCUGGACUAUUGCACUGCUGCUUCUAGUUUUCUGGCCAUUUUGUUUUAUUUCUUUUUUAAAUUAUGUUUUUUGCUGAUAAGCAUGCCUUGUUUGUUCACGUGCUUGUUUUGUUACAUGUUAAAGUUUUAAUAUUUAUUUUUCUUAUUCCUCAAAUGCCUUCUUUAGCAGAGCUUGAUGAUUAUUCUGAACGGUUACUUAGAAUGUGAAUUUUCUGUCAUUUUAACUUUUGUUCUGUAAGAACAAACACAAAAGAUUUAGGAGAUUCUUCCAUGCCAUGUGAAACAAAUACACACAUUUUCAAGGAAUGAGUUGGUUCAAUACUUACAUUUAUGCUGUCAGUUUUUAGAAGUGUGUUUGAAAAUGAAAAUGUAUAAGAAUGAUUGUAGAGUCUUUUAUUCAAGUCUUAGAUCAGGAAAAAAAAAAAACAAAACACGUAUUGCUUCUGGAAGUUGAAACCUUUGGUUUUUUUUUUUUUUUACUUGGAAUGCUCCUGUUAUUUUUGCAGAAAUGGAAGUCUGAGUUAUAUUUGAGUUUUAAAAUGCUAAAGCUUGAAGUAGCAGAGGCUGCUACUUCAAGCUACCUUUUCUUUGCCUGCUCUUACUUCUAAGUACAAAUAUAGUAUCCCAGGAAAGAAAGGAUGGCAAGAGAAACUGACUGCAACCCAUACAACCUUCAAGUUACUAAGACACUAUUGUUUCUAUCAAGACUCCACAAGUUACUGUAAAAGAGUGCCUUAUCUUUGUAAAUAUAAUCCCCAGAACAGUGGAAGGAUAUUUGGGCUGAGCGUUUAGUUAAAACCUUGUAAAUUAUUAAAACAAAGGUAUAGAAACUACUUUCAAAAUCCCUCUGUGUUGCUUACUCGAUAUUAUCCACUUCAUAUAGCUUAAGCACUACAGUUUCCAACAGCAUAACAUGUCCUCAUGUCCUCCUGAGGCUCUGCAGACUGACCAUGCACAAGGACUGUGAUCAGCUAAUAAAACCACGGUGCACUGAAACUGGGUGCUGGUAAUCUUGCUAGGGUGCUAUAUUUACUUUGUCUAUAUCGGUAGCAAUCUGUAAGAGGUUUAAAGUAGCUCUCAGAUUCAGAGCUGGCGUUUGAAUGAUUGUUGCUGGGAAGCAAGAGUGAACGUUUGGAUGAAUUAAUACUGAAAAAGGUUACUUGGUAUGUUUGACACUAUGGGUGCUUCUGGAUCAGCCGAUGACAUUAAUGCCAUGGAAAUUCACCACUGGUAUACAAAAUUUAUGAAGGAGUGUCCAUCUGGGCAACUUUGCUUGCAUGAAUUUAAACACGUCUUGGAUCUGCAUGGACUUACUCCAGAAGCUAACAGCUAUGUUGAACAAGUAUUUCAUACUUUUGACAUGAAUAAGGAUGGAUUUAUAGACUUCUUGGAGUUCAUAGCGGCAAUAAAUUUGGUUAUACGAGGAAAAAUUGACCAGAAAUUGAAAUGGUAUUUUAAGCUAUAUGAUGCUGAUGGAAACGGAUGUAUUGACAAAAAAGAACUAUUGAGCAUAUUCGCGGCUAUCCAGGCUAUUAAUGGACAGACCAACAUGACUGCCGAAGAAUUCACUAACAUGAUAUUUCAGAAGAUAGAUGUGAACAAUGAUGGGGAACUGACUUUAGAAGAGUUUAUCACUGGUGUGGAAAGAGACGAAGAUCUAAUGGAAUUGAUUACGAAAAGUUUUGACCUUUCCAAUGUAAUCAAAGUCAUACAGAACGGCAGGCGGCACAGCAUCUGAAGGGUUCAGUGACGGAUGUUGCAUCUGUGUCAUUGACUCAGGGAAGAUAAUAUUUCCUACAUUCAGAGAGCUUGAUGUUGUCAAAACCAGCCCAGACAGUACUGACCCACCAGCUCUAAGAAAAAUUCUCCCUUGGAAUUUUCACUCUUGAUUCCACAUCUCUCCACUUCUUUAUUCUGUCUCUCACUAAUGACCUUGGCAGCUACAGAACACAAACUUUUGCCCAUGUGUAAUAGAAAAGAUAUUUGAUGCAGUACAAAUAAUUUGUUUGGUUGGUUUCUAUGAACACCUCAGGGUAAUCAAUAAAACAGUGAGAUUGCAAAAUGCAACCUUCCUAGAAGACAUGAAGUUAAUACAUUUAUUAUUCCAACUGUAGGUUCAUUAACCUACUAUUUUAGUGUAGCGAUAGGUAGGACUGGCUUCUAUCUGGGUCCCUUAAAAACAGAGCCUAAUUUGCAUUAAUUUAACAUUUGCUCUAAUCAGCGUUUAAAAUAACAGAAGAUUCUUGGGGAAACACCUCAGUCAGCUCAGUAUUCCAGAUAUGCAUCCUCUUUAACAAGCCAUCUACCACUCUUGAUUUUAUUACAUCUGUAAAUUAAAAUAAUGUGAUGCUCUCAUGCUUUUUGCAGGGUUCGACUACUGUUCUUUCCAAUUAACAUUUAGAGAAGCACUGGAAUGAAAUUUUGUUUACUUUGUAGAGUAAAAUUAGAAUUUCAAAGAAUGGUUAAAACAAAUGACUUUUUAGGCACUGGAACAAACAUCAUCUGGUUUCCCAGAGAUUUGUGUCCUUUCACUUAUAUAUCCUUUGCAAAACAAUUAUUUUCACUGGGCUCUUUGCCAUGGCUGCACGAGACAAAAGGUAAGAAGUAUCAUGACUGUUUCAUACUGGUGGGACUGCUGGCUUCUGCCAAACAGACUGUUUAAUAGCUGCAUUCUUCCUGCCUUUCCUUGACAGGGAGUACAAAUUAUGGUAUGUCUGUCCUGCCCAAAUACUUGGGCGAAAGCUUUUAGCAAUUUAGUCUCUUUGAGACUUCUACCUUCUUUCAAACUGGGUUGCAAUCAUCUCUGAAUGUGGUAGUCGUUAGGAGUGCAGAGAAGAGAUUUCUAGAUGGCAUGAUCACAGAUGCCUCAUUUUCUUAGUAAACCAUGUUAAAAACAACUCAACUUUUCUUUUUAAUAGACAAGAGUAAUUCUAUGUUCUGAAAUGUAAUUGUAUGGGUUGUCUAAAAAGUGAAAAUUUCUAGUUCUGUCUGGUUCUGUUGGGAUAGAUUCCUUCUCAAGUUUGCAACAAGAUGUAUGAAAUCACUACAAUUAUAUCAUAAGUACUCCUUGGCUGGCAGUGCCAUGACACGAAUACUACAUGCUCUCAGAAGCAUCAACUUAAGACAAAAUAAUUAGUGCAUGGAUUGCUGUAGGUUGAAUAAACAGUUACUAAAACUUCCAUAUGAAAAAGCUUUUCAUCUAAAUUCACUACAAAUCCACGUCCCUUUGCACAAGAAAUAUGCUCCAUCAUCUGCAAUUAUCUCAGGUUCUAGUUUGAUCAAUAAAAUAUACUAAAAGUAUGCAACAAGCAUCACUUGACAUUAUAAACAGUUCUGACAUUAUAAUUCUGACAUUUGAAUCUUGUAUAUCUUUUCCAGAAAAAAAAAAAAAAAGAAUGAUCUAUGAGAUUUCUGGUGGGUUUGAACUUUAAGUUCUUGUAUUUAUUCAUUGUUGACAUGUUAAUAUCACACUGUCGUUAUCAGUUUUCUCACACCUAGGCUUCAAAAAAUCACUUUUGUUAAUAUCCUUCUUUUACAUUUAGAUUCUAUGAGGGUGGUGUUCUUCAAAACAGGCUUUAAAAUAUUUUAAAUACAGUUGUCCAGUCUAAGCAAUUUGGGUGUAUGGUUAACAGCUGUGUUUUGGAUACUUGCUUUUAAACUAAUGACUACUGACUUUGAAACUGACUACUGUCUAUGUAUGCUGGAUCUUUUUUUUUUUUUUUUUUUUUAAUAAAUUGAUUUUAAAAAGAAUAUUUGAAUUUACCCAUUUUUUUCUGUGUAAAUGUAAUUACAUGAAGUGAAUUACCUAUUCAAGAAGAGUGUUGUUUUGUAUUAAAAAUAUCAUUU